AUGUCAAUUGUUGCUUGGCAAGAUCAAGAUAUAAUCACAACCAAGAACCAGAGAAAUGAAAGUUUCACUCAAAAGGGCGACAUGGGUGGGUUGAGUUUCCUACAAUCUAUGUCCGAUAUCACUGCCAUUGUCCGAAACAGAGAGGAUAAAGCUUAUGUUUACCCGAACGAGAAACGCUCUGCUUCUAUGCUGAAUGAGAGAAGCUUAGAGAUGUGCACUGAGAGCCUCGGGACCGAAACAGGAAGCGAGAGUGGUGACGAGUUAUCGUUGCUUGCGUUUGAAGCAACUGCUACUCUUAGGGCUCCUUCUCCUCCUGCUCAGCCGAAACCUCAAGAUACUAACCUGCUGGCCAAGAAAUCAACGACGAGUCGCAACAAAUGUUUCCCGCCACCGAUAAAGUUCGUUGAAGGAUCAAAGUACAAUCGUAUGGUGAGAUCGUUAGGAGAAGAUGGUCGUCUUGUUGUUCAAGCAAUUAAGGUUUCGUCUCCGCCUCGUUGCUUUGUAGCGGAACGUGGUGAUGGAAGGCUCCGUCUCUGUUACUCGCCGGAAAGUUCUUUACUCAGGCACGAUCGCGAGGAAGAGGAAGAGGAAGAAGAAGACGAAACAGAGGAGGGCAUGGAGGAGGAAAAUAGUGAGAACUUGGAGGGUAAAAAUGGAAAUAAAAAGUUUACCAGAUUAAGCAGCAGAUGCAAGGAGAAUGGUCGUGAGCCUAAAGCAAUGCUUACUUGGAAGCAGCAGCAAUUUUGGGUCGCCACUUAA